GCGGCAAUCCCUGGGGACGAUCACCGGGUAACUCCAAUGUUAAUCUCCACGAGUCUAUUGCUCGUUAGGGAGCAGGCUUGGACCAAGGUAUUGGUUACCAGAAUCUUAAUCAGUACAUAGACCCCCCUCUCCGUCCCAUCGUUUUCUCGCUCAACCCUGUUCCAUCUCACAUCGACAUUCCCUCACUCCAGUCCAUCUUUCACAUAUCGAAUAUUAUCACCAACAUAUAUUAUACCAUAUAAUCAAGAUGCGUUUCCAGGCUACCGUCCUCGCCGUCGCGGCUUCGCUCGCUUUCGUUGGUGCUCAGGAUUUGAGCGGUAUCCCCCAGUGCGCUAUCCCCUGCUUCGUCGCUGCCCUCCCCAACUCCAACUGCGGUGUCACAGACACAAACUGCCAGUGCACCAGCGGCCGCUCUGCCAUUGAGAACUCGCUCCUCACUUGCGCACCCGAGCGAUGCCAGCAGGAUGAGAUUUCCAGCCUCGCACCCGCUGUCUCCUCCCUCUGCGCCGCCGCCGGUGUAACCCUUUCCGACAUCCCCACUGCCGCCGCCUCAUCUGGCGCUUCCAUGACCGGCUCGAUGAUGUCCAGCAUGAAGAGCGGAUCCCCCACCAUGAGCGGCUCCAUGUCGCCCACCAGCUCCGGUGUCGCUGAGCAGACUGAGAACGCUGCUGCUGGCAAGCUUGCUAGCUACGGUGUUGUUGCCAUGGGUAUGGCUGCCGUCUUCGGAUUGUAGAUGUCGAAUAUCUGGAGGGGUGAUACGAAGGGCGCGUUGGUUGAUUAGGAAUUUGUAAUGCGACAAUCACUUGUAUAUCGUUAUGUCGCAAUU